AGGACUUUAAGAGGGGUGAGGGUGUAGGAGAUGGUGUGUGAGGCACGUGGGAUCCUGUUGAUGACAGCUCCGGUCGUCGUGCCGAUUCUGGGUUGGAGCGGGGCCCGUUACGAGCAGUGGAGGAGGAGCCAGCACGUCCAGGUGUGCAGGUCGCUGCUGCAGGUGCCGUCGGUAUCUCUGAUCCAUCUCGGAUACUCGGCACCUCCCUGUGUGCCGGGCUGGAGAGGGCCGAGACACGCGAGGUUCAGGCUCCUGGGAGUUAGUGUUCUAGGCCGUGAGGCCCUGCGCGGUUUUGGUUACUGUUGGGAAGAGCGUUGGCUGGUGGUGACAGGAUGGAGUCGCAUGGGGUCCUUGAUUUAACCUGUGGUUGAGGAGGGCUUCUCUGAGGAGGAAUUUUGGCUGAGCAGUGCAGGAUGGGAAAGAGCUGGUCCUGGAAGAGAGCCCAGGCAGCCAGCACAGCAAGUGCAAAGGCCCUGUGGCCAGAGUGAGCCUGGUGUGACCGCUGAGCAGAAAGAAGCCCGAAGUGUCUCCAGUUGCUGGAGUGUCAGAUUCGAGGAGUGUCGGGGUGCAGAUGCUACAGGACCUCAUAGGGACAGCAAGAGUUUUAUUCUGAGGGCAGUCAGAGGCUUUUCCACAGGCAGCAACUCUCUCCAGCUGUCACGUGGGAUGGAUUAGAGGGCCAGCUGUGGCUGCCAACUUCCCUGCCCAGCGAGCGGCCUCCCAGGAGGGAGAGGCUGUGGUGGUCUGGAACACCCAUGAAGCACAGCCACCACACCGCCACCCGCCAGCAGCUCCUUUGCAAACGUGGUUCCAAGCUGCCUCCCCAGGUCCCCUCUUUGACUCGGGCGCUUAAUGGUGGAACCAGUGUUCUCAGCCAUCUAGUCCAUGCCCCAGGGAAGGCCUGUCACCCUCGGCCCUGCAGCUGCUCGGUCGUGUUUGGGGCGACGUCUGGGUCAGACGUCUCGCAAGGGGGUGCACUGGAUGUCCCUCCACUUUCCGCCAACAGACGAGGAACUUUGUUAACAUCUUGUUUCAGGGAGGGGUUGGGGCGUGGGGCACCUUUCCUCUGUGCCCCCUGCCAGCCCUGGGUUUGGGUUGUGCACUGUGGCCUGGAGACACGGUCCUCUCUGGAGGGCCCUUCCCCUCACCAACAUCUCUUCAGACACGGUCACUUGCCUUAGGGAUCUGGCUUCUCCAACUGUGGUGGCCCAUUUGAAUCCUGGUAGAGGCCACGGAUGGGGAGAGAGAGAGCCUCCCUCUUUAGAUCCUUACUCCCCUGUGUGUGACACGAUACCGGCACGACCCGACGUGUGAAUGAGCUCCCAGUGGGUCCUUACCAACACUUGCCUGCCCUCUGACCCCGCUGUCUUCUGCUCAGGGCAACCUUCUGUGCCCCAGAGCUUGCCCUGGCUCACUGCAUGGUGAGUGCACAUGGUGGUUCCUUCACUCAGCAAAUCUGUACCCACCGUGGGAGGAAAACGGAGUGUGGGCCAACUAGUGGUCGAGUGGCAUCGUUGCUCUCCCCUGGACAAUGUUCCCCAUGCUCCUGAGCCCCAGCGAUGAUUCCCUUCAGCAGCAGACACAGGUAUGUACCUCAGGGCCUCUUCCGUGAAAGUUGGGAGGUUUUCUGUUGUGGACACUGGUCAGGAGACAGGGUGGAAGCCUGGGGUGAGAUCCUGGCUCUGGCACCAGCUGCUGGGUGCCCUUAAGGCCAGUCCUGUUCCUCUCUGCCCCAGGUUCCUCCUUGGUAAAUUGGGGAGAGCCCAUUUCCUCCAACCGUCCCUGGCAUAUGGUGUCUGACUGGGAGGAUGCUUGGCAGGCUGCGCCAGGAGGGAUUUAAGGUACUUUCCAGCACGCUGGCUGAGUAGCAGCCCCAGGGCUGUGCGUGGACACGGACGGUGGGGGCAGCUCGAACUAUGCCAGGCCCGGCUUUCCUUGCUCUUCUGGAAUCGACCAGCAGUGACCUUGGACCGGAGUGCUUGGCUGGCGCGCGUGCAGGGAAAGGUCUUGCCCACUGGUCGCCAGCCUCCCGUAAGCCCUCCUGGGGGAGUCGCCGGCAGGGAGCGAGAGGCGAGAGCUGGUAGUGGGCAGCCUGCGGGGCGGCGCCCCCAGGGAGGCGCUGGGGGAAGGCCCGGGGCUCGGCGGCUCCUGCUAGUGACGGGCAGUCGGAGCCCCAGCUCUGCAGGCAGCGCUUGCCCGAGGCCCCCCAAGACAGCGCUCGGCUCGGCUGGGCUCGGCUGGGCUCGGCUGAGCUCGACUGAACUCGGCUGAGCUCGCUUGGCGCGGAGCCCCUUGGGCGUUGUGGUUCUCGGGGCCGGUGGGCGGGAGCGCGUGCCGGCCCUGCCUCUGCACACGCCCCUUCCGCCCCUCAACGACGCGUCGGGGCGCCGGGAGGGGCUCGGCCCCGACGGGCAUCAGCAAUUGGUGGAGGGGCGGGGCCCAGGGACGCGACUGCCUGCGGAUUGGCCGGACCUGGCGGGGGCGGGCCCGCGCAUGCACUUAAGGAGAGGCGCCCCAGUCGAGCCGGGGUAGUGCCAAGAUGUCGGCGGCAGUGCCGGAGCUGAAGCAGAUCAGCCGUGUGGAAGCUAUGCGCCUGGGGCCGGGCUGGAGCCACUCGUGCCACGCCAUGCUGUACGCCGCCAACCCCGGGCAGCUUUUCGGCCGCAUCCCUAUGCGCUUCUCGGUGCUGAUGCAGAUGCGCUUCGACGGGCUGCUGGGUUUCCCCGGGGGCUUCGUGGACCGGCGCUUUUGGUCUCUGGAGGACGGUCUGAACCGGGUGCUGGGCCUGGGCCUGGGCUGCCUGCGCCUCACGGAGGCCGACUACCUGAGCUCGCACCUGACCGAGGGCCCGCACCGCGUCGUGGCGCACCUGUACGCACGGCAGCUGACGCUGGAGCAGCUGCACGCCGUGGAAAUCAGCGCGGUGCAUUCGCGCGACCACGGCCUGGAGGUGCUGGGGCUUGUGCGGGUUCCACUUUACACCCAAAAGGACCGAGUCGGUGGCUUUCCCAACUUCCUGAGCAACGCCUUUACCAGCACUGCCAAGUACCAGCUGCUCUUCGCCCUCAAGGUGCUCAACAUGAUGCCCGAGGAGAAGCUGGCUGAGGCUUUGGCUGCUGCCACAGAGAAGCAGAAGAAAGCCCUGGAAAAGCUCCUCCCAUCUUCCUCCUGAGUCCACAGGCCGUUCCAGGACCUGGUAUGGAAGCACUGGCUGAGUGUGCAGAAUGACAACAGCAGAGCCACCACAGAUGGGAAGGUCACCACUGGCCGUCUCCUACGGCCCUAUGUCUGCAAAGACUCCUCAGUGAAACUAAACCAGUUUGCACGGCACCUGCUUGGCCUGGUAAGGAGAGCUGUGCUCUGGCCCAGCCUGAGCGUCUGUUCCACCUUAAAGCCUCAGUGAAGCGGUCAGCACGUGUGGGCAAAGGCACUUGGUUCUGUAAAUAAAAUACCUGUACCUCGUUCCUCUCUCAUUUCCUGGGGGCACCGGGGCCACGCGCGCGUCACCUUUCAGAUUGCUCUGGUGGAACCGAGGGGGCUCUGAGUGCACGUAGCUCUAGCUCCAGGGGAGGGACAGAACAGGAGAUGGCAACCAGUCCGCCCUGGUCUGAGCGUGGUGGUCUCUGUCCUGGCAGAGGGGGCUGGGUCCCAGUGAGUUGCUGAAGGGGGGAGGGUUGCCCCUUGCUUUGGUUUGUCAGCCAGUACUGCAUGUCGCAUGACCAGAACAGAGUCCCUCACCAGCAGAUCUUAAAUUUUAUUUUCCAGCAAUGACAUCCGCUACCCAGGCGCCCGGUCCUUUCAGUGUGGCGCCUGUGGUGUAUGGGGGCCCGCUGUCUCCCCAUGGCCCUGCCUGCUCUGGGCCUGGCCCCCCGCUUCUGGGAGAGAGGCCCUCAUCCUGCCUCUGCGUGGGCCUCUGCCCUGUCCUGCCUCUGCCAGCUGCUCCGGGGGCCUGAUCCUCUGGCCCCCGCUCGGGCCCGGCCUGCUGCAGCCGCUUGCUCACUGCCCUCCUGUCUUCCAGGCACACAGCUUCAGGGUGGAUCAGUCACCCAACGUCAGAUUCUGAGAAGGGACAGGGAAGACUGAAGUGGGCACUCGCUGCUGCCCGGUACACCCUGCUCUCCGGCCUGGGUCCUGGGCUGGCGGACACUCACCGUCCCUCCCAGCUAAGGCUCCCGCCAGUUCUCCUUCCCGUUCAGCACUUGCAGCUUCUCCAAGCUCUGGGUCACUGAGCAUAGCACUCGCCCUGAGGAUGGGAGCAGUUAGUUGCUGCUUCUUGAGUGUGGGAGGGUGGGGGAGGUGCCUAGGAAUGCAUGACCUGUGGACAGUGGGCUAUGGUAGGGCUGUCUUGGGGGUCUGAGCUGACUAGGAUUCCCCGUUUACCCACUUCUGGCCCCAGGAUGGGGAUGAGGCCACCGGCUGUGGGACACUUUGGGAGACUCACCCAUUUCCUGGACUCGAUCCUCCAGCGCUCCGGAAAGCUCGGGGAGGCUCAGAGCCUGCAGGGAAGCCUGCCAGCCUUUGGAAUCUGUGGGGCAGAGAGCCAGGUGGGCCUAGGGCUUGUGUGGUCACCACAGGCCCCGCCGCUUUGUCCUGGGCUGCUGACACCAGGGGACCCACCCACUGUCAGUACCUGCUUGACACUGUUCUAUCAAAAUGUGUUCGCCUGCUUAUUUUUCCAAAGCACUGACUGGAGGGUCAAUCAGGGUGCAGCCCCAGGAAUGAAAGUGUGAGGGUCCCUGGCUGACAGUCAGGCUUGACCCUGGGUAGCUCCGACUGCAGGCUGAAGAAGUCACAACAUUGUGGAGGACGUUAAGUCCCACCCCAGGGAGGCACGAUGCUUGGGGCCCCAUUUGCUGCCUGGGUCUGCACUGCGGAAAGGAACAGCCACAAUGAAACGGAUGAUGGUGGCGAGUACUCCAAGAGGCCUUUAAGAACAACCACCUGGUUGAAGAAUCUGGAGGAAUCGGCGACUCAGGGUCUGGCCUGGGAGCAGCUCAGAUGCCCACUCACCGCAGCUGAUCCAAGACGAGCGCAGCGUCCCGGGCCAGGGCCCAGGUCUCCUGCAGCUGGGCGUGCACGUCCUUCCGGGCACCGUCCUGCUCCAGGAGGCAGCUCUCCACCACCGCCCGCAGCUCCUGCUCCUGUGACACCUGGCCUCGCAUGGCCUCCACCUCCUCACAGCGCUGCAGACGGAGAGGCGGGGAGGGGGGGUGGCAAAUGACCAGGGCCGCUCAGGCUGGGUCCCCCUCAACCUCUCUGUGCCAUACCCACUCGCUCUCAACUCCCACUCUUCUGGGCUGGAGGAAGGGAGCGCCUGUCUCCACCUUGGAGCACCCCCUGCUUUGGAUCCCUACUCUUAAGCCCAGUGACAUCCAUGCCAGCUGCUUGUGCUCUGACCUCACCCUUUCUCUCCUAUGUCCAGCUGACCUCCUGUCCAACGUCCCCUGCCUUUCUGAGCCGUCUUCCUGGAGGCCUGCCUGUGCAUCUCCAGAUUUACACACAAGCAGUAAUGCUUUCUGUCCCACCGCCUGCCCUGGCUGCUUCUCCCUGCUCCCCCUGGGUAUUUGUCCCCACCACUCGGUCUCCACAAAUGUGUCAUCCCUCACUGCAGGUGGGUAUCCAGGUCCCUGCCCCGCUCACCACAUACUUUGUGCAGCUGGAUGGCCAGCUCCUGCAUCUCAGCUUCUAGCCGGUCGGCAUACGCCAGCUCCAGAGCAUCGCUGGGUGGCCGGGCACUGCUGUGCCAGCGGGCAAUGGCAGAGGUCAUCUUCCUCUUAGGCCCAAACAAGCUGCAAGGGUGAAUGAGAGAAUGAGGAUCUGCUGUGAGUGGAGUUGCCACGGAGGCCAGCCUUCCACCAAGACAGCCCCCUAGGAAAGAUUCCAAUUUUGGAAGGGCACAGUGGUCCCGGAUCCUGGGACAGAUGACAGAAACAAAGGGUCUUAAGAAGUGACCACAGCAGGGGCUGGCCUGCCCUGCCUGUUUCCUUCCCCAGCCUGGCUGCUGCUCUCCCUGAACAGGGAGCUCAGGCCGGCCGGGGCUAGGCUGUGACUGGCCUCCUACCAAUCGGGAAGCUCUCCAAAGUGAAUGGUAGAAAACGUCUGGGUGCCCUUAUCACAGCACUGGCAGCCAGGCCAGCCGGGGGAACAGACCCAGGCCUUCGGCACCUCAGCUAGCUGCAGCCGGAAGACCAGAGAGAGGACAGCUGGCUGCAGAGAGCAAGGGGACGCCCAGACAGGACAGGUGGUUCCAUCGGAGCGUUGGGCAGUUGGGAGCUAAGCGACCCCCUCAUGUUUGGCUGAAGCGAGGGGGGCGUGGCCACAGAGGCCCCUCUGCACUCACGUGAUGCCGAUUUCCUUCAGGUCGCUCUCGGUGAGGGUCAGGAAAAUGCGGAGGUCCACGUCCUGCUCCUCAAACACCUGCAGGUACUUGAGACACCCAAUCUGCUCCAGCAGUGUGGCGAGGUCCUGGAGAACAAAGGAGCCGGGGUGGGUCACAGGAUGGGCGGGCCACCAAGACACGGGGGCCAGAGAAGACACUGCUUUGGUGCAGAUCCUGUCACUGCAUCCACCUAAGCCGGGUCAGCCCUGUGGACACCCCCCCAAGUUCUGCGGUGGGUCACCUCUGACUGCAGCCCCCUCCUCUCUGCAGCCUCAGGCAGAGCAGGUAGUCCAGAGAUACUUCCCACCUGCCUGUGUCCCUGCAGCCAGUGUCCUUUCAUUACAGCCUGGACACCGUUGGUGUUCACAUAGGGCAGGUCUGCAGGCAACAAACUCUUAAGUCUUUUUUUUUACCUGCGGCCUUCUUAAUUUCUCCUUCACUCCUGAAGGACAGUUUCUGCUUGGCUAUAGCAUUCUUGGUUGGUUUGUUUCUUCCAUUAAUCUGACUCUGUCAUCAAAUGCCCUCUAGAUCCCAUGGUUUCUAAUGGGAAAUGAGCAGUUAAUCUCAUGGGGGUUCCUUGUAUAAAGACUCCUUUCUCUCACUCCCUUCAAGAUUCUUUUGGUUUUGGACUAAUUAUGAUAGAUCUAGGCGUAGAUCUGAGUCUAACCUCCUUAAGAGUUCACACAGCUUCUUGGAUGUGCAGAUUCAUGUUUCUGAUCAAAUCUGGGAAGGCUUGGCUGUUUUGAAACAUUUUUUUAUGCUCUCGACCUCAUUCUGGAACCCCAUUAUGUGUACACUGGCUGCUUGAUGGUGUCUCCUAGGUUUCUGUCCAUCCUUUCCUCUCUUCUCAGACACGAUAAUCUCAAUGGAUCUAGAUCAUGCUUGUGGGUCCUUCUGUGCACUCCAAUCUGCUCUUGAGCCCUCUCUUGGAGCUUUCAUUUCAGUGAUUCUACUUUCCAUCUACAGAUUUUCUGUUUUUAUUUCUAUCAUUUUGUUGAUAUUCUCUAGAUACGGUUCCCUUUAGCUCACUGAACAUAUUUUAAGAAGCUGAUCUAAAGUAUUUGUCUUGGGGUGCCUGGUGGCUCAGUCGGUUAGGCAUCCAAUUCCUGGUUUCAGCUCAGGUCAUCACUGCACGGUUUGAGAGGUCUGUGUUUUCGAGCCCUGCGUCAGGCUCUGCCCUGACAGUGCGGAGCAGGCUUAGAUUUCUCUCUCUCUGCCCCUCCCUGGCUCUCACACGCAUGCUCACUCUCAAAAUAGAGAAUGAAACCUUGAAAGAGCCCAGCUUCAUUUUGCCCCCUGUGGUGGCUGUCCCAGCUACCUUGGUACUGGGGGUGAGGAUGGGGACAGGGCAGGUUAAAGCGCUACAAAGCUUUCCGUUCUUCCGGACAGUCGGCCACUUCUCGCGAAUAAAAAUGUUCAAGUUGCUCAAAGCCUUUGGUUGAUUCGGUUUUGCUACUCUGACUACUUCUGCCAGUUUUUUGUUGCCUUUAAUGGAGGAGUAAAUUUUCAAAUGUUGUCACUCUGCCAAUUUCUUCAACCUACUUUCUAAAACAUCCUUAAGAACCUAUCACCCACUCUCCCAUCAAGACGCGUUUAAGAAACUGAAAGGUGUAGCCCCUCGGUGAGCCUGGGAACACAGGUGCUGGAGACGGCUCCGGGGAGGCGUCACAAGGAGAAGCCAACAAGAUCACCAGCUUGUAGUGAACAGCAGAGCUGUGACGUGAACAAAUGGCAAAAAAUGCAUUCUUUCAUCUUUGUACCGCUUAUGCUCCCAGAAAGCAAGAGAACCCGAUGAACAGACGUGGGCGGCUGUGCCAUACCAGUAACCCCUAAGAAGCUGGGUGAGCCACAGCAACCCACGAGGGAGGCAGAGAUGGCAGUUUUCAUCAAAUGCCAUUUCAUCUCCGCUUCACGUGCAUCUCCUGACUCCCGACAGCAGCUCUAGAUCAGUCCACUUUUUCUCCUCUCCAGGCUCAGGGAGGCCGAGGAGAGUACGGAAACCAAGGAGAGAGACAGAUCCCUCCUAUGGAAAGGGAUGGAACAGAAACCCUGCACUGGCACUCGUGGCCAUGAGGAAUCCUCUCGGCCUGAGCAGCCUCACAGAUCAUCUGGGGGAAACCAUCUCCACACUCUCUCUCGACGGGGCCCAGCCCAUCCUCAGUGCACAGUAAGGGCCUUGUGAAGCACUACACGUGCCACGUUUCUAACUGCGUCACUGCCAGUUUCACAGCCGAUCUCACCUGGGGUCCUGAACAGAGGGACCUCUCUGUCUGGGAAACAGAUCCUGGGGAGCAGGCUGCACCAGCCGGCCCAGUGCUGGUGGGCCACUGGCCGUCACUGUUGCUGUAACGAUUCUUGGUCUUCAUGUAACUUUUAGUUUGCUUGCGAACCGAGCUUUGACACGCAUGAUCCGAAUCCUGUGGUGAGAAGGGUGUGUCCAGAGUUAACACCAAGGGGCUCCCGGCUGACGUGGCCGCAUCCACUCUACAAUCCGCCCCACAAUCCCAGUUGUGAAACGCCCCCAGCAGCCAGAGAGGCUUCACUGGUGACCCGCACCAUGGUCUGCAUGGCCCAGAUCCAUGGAGGGCAGCCAGGACUUUGCGUGUCUGACGUGCACAAAGUACCAGUCUCCAGACUCGCCCUCUCCAAGGAGGCAGCCCCUGCAACACCAGCAAAGGGGAGGGAAGCAGAUCAAGAAAGGAGAAGCUUCACCUCGUUGCUCUCCAGAGAGGCCUCGCUGCUGACUCCUGGGGCUCUCGCCAGGCCCUCGCUGCUGCUGCUGCGCCUCGCGACCCCCAGGUUGGCACAGAAGGCGUGCUCCUCUGAAAACAGUGAAGAUGGGAGAGCCUGACCACAGGUCUCACUCGCGGGGACUCCCCAGAGCCCAGCGUCCACUGCAUUCACCAGCUCCUGAAACAGCUCACUGGUGUCUUCUGUUUCACGCAGCUGCCUGGCCCAAGCCCUCGCACCUAACGCGACGGGGGGUUUGCUUAUUUCGUUCACUGAUAAAGCCAAGCAUCUAGAACGGCGCUUGGCGCACUUGGCACUCAGUAAACGGCUACUGAACAAACGACAGGUAACACAGCAGACGUUUCCCUGAUGGCUCACCAGUCAAGGAGCUAACCUUGUCUGGGACAACUCCCCCAGACGCUGCAUGGAGAGACACUGGGCCAGAAGCUGCACCCUACCUGUCCCCUGCCGGCUUCUGGGUCCUCACAAGAGCCAGGGCCCUUCUGUACCCUUCACCCCACCGUUCUCUACCAGCUGGACCCACCACAGUCCCAUGCCCCCGGGGGGGGAAGGGGGGGCAGCGCACAAGAGCUCCUAACUCCAAGUGAGCCCUCGGCCGGGGUGGGUGUAUAGGGUGCACGUACCCCGACUGCUGCUGCUGCUGCUCUCCACAUCCCGGUCAUUGAUUGGGGAGGUGACGUCCCUGUAACAGAGGCCGCCCGCCUCCAGGGGGUUCUCAUCACUGCUGUUGAAGGUGACAUAGCCCCGUGGAGGCACCUGCUCUGUGGACACGAGGGGGGGCCAUAAGCCCACAUGAGCACAAAAGAGACAAACUCAACCACCCGAGAGGAACUGCAGCAUGGGGGAAGGGCCAGGAUCCAGGCAAAAGCUGAAAGAAAAUUCCUAGCUGGCCUUUCUCCCUCCCGUUCGCUCACCACAGUAACCUGGACACAACCAUGCAGCCUGCAGGAGGGGAAACGAACUCUGAAGGUCUGGAGACCAGUGUGUGUCCCUGGACAAGCGCAUGUGGGUCAGGGCCGGCACCCGCUCCACCACACCGUGCUGUUGCUUUCCCAAGUGGACAAAGCAGGAAACGGACAGCUGUGUUUACAGAUUCCUGAGCCAAAGGGAAACCACAGCACUAGCGGGAAAUGUCGUCUCACAGGCACCAGCCUUCACACUCCCUGUGACUUUCCAACACAGACAUCCAGGGGCUCCUCCUUGGGUCGAUCAACCCCAACCAGCAAGAUCUGGCUGAGCAGGAAGGUGGAAGGCCCUGGGCUAAAAAUUAACAGCAGUAACACCACGUUACAUAACCUCCGAGUGCAUCUGCCAGGAAGAAAAUGGGAGAAAAGACAAUACAAACCAGAGGGUUUAAUUCUGACUUUGCCCCUGCCUCUUCCCCAAAGAAAGUAUACUUAAUUGCAGAGAAGCGACUGGCUGGUGACGACGUGGGUAACUUACUUCCUUCUUUACACCUUUCUGAAGCGAUCAAGAUUUACAAUCAGAAGAAAGGGAAGGAAGGGAGGGAGGGAGGAAGGAAGAUCAGCACAUGCUAUUUAUCAUUCAAAAGUGUUUUUUCAGGGCUCCUGGGUGGCUCAGUCAGGUAAGCCUCCCGACUCCUUAUGUCAGCUCAGGUUGCAAUCUUGCAGUUCUGGGACUGAACCUUGUGUCAGAUUCUGCCCUGAGCCUGGAGCCUGCUUGGGAUUCUCUUUCUGCCCCUCACCUGCUCGCUCACUCUCUCUCUCUCUCUCUCUCUCAGAAAAUAAGUAAAUAAACAUUUUUAAAGAAGUGUUUUUCCACUGCUGGUAAAAAGAAUAAUAUGCACUUAUAGAAAAUUUAAAAAGCACAAAGUGUGGGGCGCCUGGGUGGCUCAGUCGGUUAAGCGUCCGACUUGGGCUCAGGUCAUGAUCUUGAGGUUCGUGAGUUCGAGCCCCGCGUCGGACUCUGCACUGACAGCUCAGAGCCUAGAGCCUGCUUUGGAUUCUGUCUCCCUCUUUCUCUGCCCCUCCCCUGCUCACGCUCUGUCUCUGUCUCAAAAAUAAACAAUUAAAAAAAAAAAACAAAAAACAGGACAAAGUGUAAGAGGUAAACCAAAACUAGGAAAUGGCACAACCAAGGGACAACUAGCAUUGCUCUUUGGUGAAGGUUCUUCUGCCUCUCUGGGUGCAUAAAAAAAGACCUGUGUAUAAAUGGGCUCUGGCCAGAUUAUUCUGGUAUCUGGAUCAAAUUCCAUUUUAAAAAGCAUGUGUUAUAUGGCAACACAGAUUAACUGCCACCCCCCGCCUGAGAUAAGACCUGUCCUUCCUAUGUCCCCACCAUACCUCAGGUGGGACAGGUAGCACGGACUCCUCAGAAGACACACACUCUGCCACUCAAGGACAACGGCCCAGCCAAAUGCCCCAGAGCUCUGUGCUUGUAAAAGCACCGCUCUAGGAGAGAGGAGGCGUGCUCUCAUCCUGUAGCAACCUGUCCACAGCUGGGGGGUGGCUUCCCCAGUGGCCCAGUCAGCUUACCCCUCCGUGGGUAACAGGAGAAGGUGGGCCUGGAGCUCCCAGACCAGCGCCAAGACUCCUCUCUAAGGGGCAGAGAAGGGAAUCAAGCUACUGUAUACUCUUCACUGAAACAUGGUCUCCUGUGACUGGAAAAGUUUGUCUCCAAGCCUGGGGGUGAUCACUCAUGAGAGGAGCCCAUCCACCCAGGCUGAUGGACCAGCAGGCUUGGCCUGGCCACUGCGGGUGACAGAUGCCAAAGAAGAUGUAACACACCAGGGUGCCUGGAUGGCUCAGCAGGUUAAGCGGCUAACACUUUGUUCCGGCUCAGGUCAUGAUCUCACAGUUUGUGGGACUGAGCCCUGAGCCAGGCUCCAGCUGACAACUCAGAGACUGCUUGCGAUUCUCGCUCUCUCUUCCCCCUCUGCUCCUCCCCUGCUCGCAUGUGCUCUCUC